AUGCCUCGUGGGCAGAAGAGUAAGCACCGUGCUCGUGAGAAACGUCGCCAGGCCCGGGCUGAGACCCAGGGUCUUCAUGAUCAGGCUACCACAUCUGGGGGAGAAGAGACCACCUCCUCCUCCCCUCCUGAUUCAGAGAGCGGUCCCUCAAGCUCGUCUGCUGCUGGCACCUCCAAGGAGCCUCAGGGAGCCCAAGGCACCACCAGUGCUGCUGCAGGUGCUGUACGCAAAAGAUCUGGUGUCGGGCGCGCAGCACGCUCGAGAUCUGGUGUUGGUGCCGAGGGCCAAGUUCAGGAGGGGGAAAAUUCCUCGCAGGCCUCAGCUGCUGCUGGGAGCUCUCAUACAGAUCUUCUGACCUGGAAGGCAGAGGUGUUGGUGCAGUACAUGCUGUGUAAGUAUAAGAUGAGGGCGCUCAUUAAGAGGUCUGAAAUGCUGAAGGCAGUCACUAGAAGGUACAGGGAGCAAUUCCCUGAGAUCCUUAGCAGGGCCUCUGAGCAC